CAGUGGGCCCGCAACCUCUGCCAUGGCCGCCCGACAUCUGCGCGUGCGCGCCUUCGCGGUACUCGCGCUCGUGGCCGCCGCACACGCGCUCGUUGACGAGACUUUAGACGUGCUGUUCCUCAGCAAGGAGAUCGGGGAGAAAAUACUCAGUUCGUGGGAUAUUAUAGGAAAAUCCUUCAAUGCAACCGGCGGCGUCGAACUCCCGAUCCAUCGGAGGCGGGAGAACCAGAUUUUGGCGCGCCUGGCUCAGGUGUCGCGCGCUAUCGAACGGCUGGAAUUGACCAUGGAACAGAUCAGCGCUGUGGCCAUGCUGCUGGCUAAAAGCGGGGGCGAUACGAGGCUGGAGUUGAGGCUACACGAGAUGGCCGAUCUGCUGAGCAGGGUGUCGUCGGCUAACAGGCAGAUGCGAGAAUAUGUCAGGUUGCAGGAAACCCUGGAGCGGAGUACGCUGGUAGAUUUCGCCGAGUGGUGCGUCUCACACGACCCCAGUGCUCUGCCAGGGUUGCUCGAGCGCGUGCAUUCGCUAGUCUCUCCCCCGCACCAUCAUUUACUGGGUCGGGGGAUCCUGCAAUUGCUUUUGACCGAUCUCCAGGAAGAACACCCAGACUUGUGCGAGUUGCAGUUGUCGCCGCACCAGCUAAUAUAUGACACAUACAACACCAUAUCACUGACUGAGAUCAAAGGAUACGCCAUGAUGCAGUUCUCUUGGAUGCUGCUCAGGAUUUAUGGCAAAGGCAACUUCACCCAGGAGGCCAGUCUCACGAGGCAGCGGUACAGCGAGCGGACCGCGCAGACGGCCGCAGCCGCCCGGGCCGCCCUGUCCGUGGCCAAGCGUGACUUGCACCGCUGUGACCCACCGCAGCAUAAAGAAGGUGAGACGUACGCGGAGGUGACCAGAUUCCUGCAGGGCUACGUGGAGAACGAAGUGGACAUGAACUCUGAUGGGACUUGCCGCGACAACUGCGCCUACUAUUCGGUCGCGGAACGUUACGGUUGCUUCAAGGACAUGUAUUGCUCCAAACAGAGGGUCUGCAAUGGGCGGAUACUCAACUGCCAGUACAUAGACUCGGAUAUGUGGAUAUGCCCUGCGAAAAGGGACAGUAACCGUCGGUACGAGUGGAUUGAGUACGAAAACGGACGGACAUUUGGCAAAGCCUCCACCUGCACGCUCGGCACAACCAAGGUGGAUUCUUGGUGGAGGUGGUUGUUCUGGCACUGCUCAUACUGCAUGUGCCUCUGCGACGAAGCUGACGAAAACUCCGAUCGCUAUUUCAGCCUUUGGCCUUCGACCUCCGACGUCAAAAACAACAAGGUAGUGACUGGCCUACGUCUAGUGAAGUUAGGACGAGUGUUCCAUCUUCAAAUAAGCGAAGGUACUCUAGGCGAGCGAGGAGCGGUGACGCCCGGAGACUGGAUGCCAGUACAGCAGUUUGAUCCUGACGACGCGGGAACGACGCUCGGCACCGAUUACCACAAGCUUACGUACGAGCGGAGAGCGAUGGAUUUGGACGAAUUGGAUUCGCCGGCGGGACACGUCUUGACCGGAGUCCGGUUCAGACUGCUGGGUGCCCAUUUACAUUUCGAGAUACGAUCGACGCCGUUCAACUACGCCACCGGGCGACUGUCGCCGGAGAGGAGUCAAUGGAUCAGCAACGAUAAUACAGACGGCACUGAUAUACCGCGGUUAGUAUAGCUAGUAAUAUGUGGUAUAGCUAGAGUUGCCAGAUUUACUUAUCAAUUCCGGGACAUUUGCACCCCCCCUUUCUAAAAUAUAAAGCAUCAAAUCAAACCCCCCCAUCACCCCCAGAAUUAAAACAACUAUCAGGCCAGCGGUGUCAUUGGUUUUUUUUGUUACGAAACUAGCACAUUAUCGGAAUCCGGGACAAUAUGGCUAAUUACUGGACACGGGACAAGCCGCAAGCCUAGGUUAAGCACACAAUGCUCUAUUCUUUAAUUGUACUUCAAUCGGUAUGGAUCUAAGCUUAGCUAUUUCUUACUUAACGAUCACAACCAUUAGCAUAAAAAGAAUGUUGUUUAGGCUUGAUCAAUUAGGAAGUAGUGUACAUAUUUGCUUGGCACGCACACUUGCUUGGCAUAUAUAAAUUAUAAAGCAAACUGGUUUUACGUACAAAUACUAAUUUCAUUGACUCAUAGAGAUGCUGUACCCGAGGUACAUACUUAGUGCGUGAUGUAAUUAUGUUUACAUGCUAUGUAAUGUUGUAAAAUCAAGCAUCGUGCUAGUUUACUCGAAGCAAUGAUUACGAGCUCAAUCAUACCCUAUAUUUAUUACUCUAUAAGUAUUUUAUAUCCAUUCGCGUCGGCGAAUAAAUAAUAAGUUCUGUUCGUAAGCUACUGUUGCAUCUGUACACACUUUUGAUUUAACCACUACACUAUUCAAAAGAGUUAUAUCAUAUUUCUUAUCUUAAUUAAAAUGUUGUUGACUGCUAGCUUGUACUUCAUACAUCUGCACAGUUAUAACAUGCUUUUAAUUAAUAAAGAUAUAGCAGUUAUAUAAAACCACUUUGCUUUCCUGUUUGGUCGCAUUUAUCUACUAAAUAUCGAAAUGAGUGUUGUUGAAUAUAUUUAUUAACCGUUAAAUUAAACAAAUAAAAUAAAUUAACACAUAUAUUCGAUAAAUAUUUUCAACCAUAUCGAAUAAAACUGUUCAUUCAAUUCAUGUUGAUUUUAAUACGGCAACUGCAGUUGCACCGACCGGACGUACCGAACCGCAGCAACACGCCGCUGCCGGUAGACUCGGAGCAUGACCAGUACCUGGAGUUCACGCACACAGACUUCGAGGCGGACGCCGCACAGAGCGCCGUGCCCUUCAUCGACAUACAGCCAGUAUCGCCCAUGAAAGGUGGUGGUUUGUUAAGCGGCGCGGGCAUAAUUCACCGCGGCGUGAAGGGGUCGGGCGGGUUCAUUGCGGUGAAGUUAUUCACGUACAACUACUCCGCUCACAUAAAGGCCGAGCCGCCCGCCAGCGAAUUCGACAACGACGACGCGGACGCCACAGAAUUCACGCCCGUCAUCAAUUAGCGACAUCUCCAUACAUACAGCGAGAAGAAUCUUUAUUAAUGUGAGUGGCAGGUCAAGGAGGGCGCCACUGUCUACGUAAAUGACUUACAAAACGUGACGUUUACAAGGACGGCGGCGUUAGUUUCAAUUUUCACCACAUUCGUAAAGGUCCUUGUUGCCCUAUACUCAUUUUUUUAUAACUGUAACUCAGUAGUUAUAAUGUGUCAUUUUUUAUAAGUAAACUUUUAAAAUUUAGGCCGAAUGCCAUUUUCGAUUACGAAUAGACUGUAAUGUUGUUUAAUUUUGUAAAUAUAUAAGUAAGGCAUGUGCUGC